GAAAUGAAAGUAGAAAUAAGGGUUGGAGAGGGCAGUUUCAACAUGUUUGAAAGAGGUACGUAGACAACAAACAGACUUGAAACAGACGAAUGAACGGACGUGAAUGAAUGGUCCAAUGAACAGCAGUAUAGGACUGGGAGCAUUUCCCGAGUUGUGGAAAAAUGAAUGGCCAUACUGACAUGUAACGAGUACUCUCGGUUAAAAUCAAGCAGAAUGAUACAAUUCAAAAGCCCUUUCAGGACCUCGAGUCGAUCAACUGUAUAUUGGAUUGUUGCCGUUUCCUUUCUGGUGGUUAUUAUGUAUUAUUGUGUGUUUAAGCAUAAAGAUAACACAAAGGAGCUUGAAAUGUUAGAUGCAUAUGGAUUUUUGGAAAACGUCAAAAACUUUCUACUGAAAACAAAGCAGAGGGACAAACAAUAUCUUGCUAAUGAAAAAUCCUAUCUGGAAGAAAAGGCGAAAAAUCUGAAAAUUCUGUGUUAUACGAUGACAAUUAUGGCCAACAUCAAAACAAAGGCAGUGGCUGUGAACAAUACAUGGGGAACUCGCUGUACGAAACUCGUGUUCAUCACUCCCGAGCCGAGCUCAUCUCUACACACGUUACAAGUAGACGUUCAAGAAGGGAGAAGUCACCUUACAGACAAAACCGUCAAAACCCUCAAAGUUCUGUAUAGGACUUAUAAGAAUGAUUUUGAUUGGUUCUACAAGUGUGAUGAUGACGUUUUCAUUGUCAUGGAAAAUUUACGUCAUCUCUUGGCCAAACAUGAAUCUAGGGUACCAGUUUACAUAGGCCACCAGUUUAGAGUGCGCACAAAGCAGGGAUAUUUGUCGGGAGGGGCAGGGUAUGCUAUAAAUAGAAGAGCCCUUGAAAUGAUAAACGCAGAGGGUUUCGAUGUGCCAGGGAGGUGUGACGUCUCUGGAAAAGACGAGGAUCUUGACAUUGGUCGCUGUUUUGCGAAAAUUGGUGUAAAAAUUUAUUCCACUGUUGAUACUCAAGGUCGACAGUCUUUUCACCCAUUUGGUUUUCAGAGAGCUUUUUAUGGACAUGAAGGGGGUGAAGUUUACUAUGUAUCAAGGCCUUAUGAAACGGGUCCGGGUUGCUGCAGUGAGUUCACCGUGUCCUACCAUUAUGUGACGCCAGAGGAGAUGUACCUGAUCGAGUUCUUGUUAUAUCACACCCAGAUCUAUGGACGACACUCCACCGCCAAAGACAAGGAAAUCUUCACUGACAAAGAGGCUGUGAUAGCUGACAAGGCCCCCAACGAAGUCCUGCUGACGCCCAGAUACAUCUGGCAUUAUUUAUAUAGAUACUCAGUGUUUGAGUGAAUGUGAUUUUUAUACAGUUAGAGGUUUCUAUUUGUUUGUUAAGUUUUUAGAAUUUUAUUCUUUCUGUAAUGUUGUUGAUAUUAGAUUAUAAUGAUAUGCUCCAGCAAUCGAUAUUUGAUAUAGGGUAUUAGUUUGAGAGCAUUUGUAGAAAUUUUGGUUUAAAAAAAUCAAAUAUCAUUAAAAGCAUUAUUUAAAAAUUUUAAUUUAAUUUAAAGGCAUUAUAUUUACCUCAGAAAGGUACCAUUUCAGACAAAAUUCUUUUGAUAUACAUAUUACAUGUAUUACUUUUCAGUGCACAUAGAUCUAAUUGAAUGUACUGGAAACAGAAAAAGAAAUUUGUAUCAUCAAUAUAAUAAUGCUUAUUCUGUGUAUAUUACUGUACAAUCUAUAUAAAAUUCAGCAUUUUUUUAAACUUACAGUCAAUUAAUGAUCGAGGUAUUUCUCAGUGUUCAACAAACUUUGCCUGGCAAAAGAUGUAAAAUGUUGGUAUGGGGUACCCAAGAAAUACACAGAAAAAAUGAGCCACUAUGAAUAUCAAUAAUUUCACAGCUCAGGCCAAUGUUCCCAUGGAUCAGCCUUAGGCUAUCAUUUAAUCUUGGUUAUCAUUUCAACUAAAAGUGAACUUAAAUGGUAUUCCAUGCUUUCAUUUAAAAUCCUAGAUACAUAGAAAUCAAAUAAGUUCCUUAUUCAUUGUGCUGAAAACUUCUUUGCUUUAUAUAUAUAUAUAUAUAUAUGUAUGUACAUGUACUUAAUAGCUAUUUUUCAAUAUUCCGGUAAUUUGUACAAGUACAUACAAGUAAGAUCUCUUUUGCACAAUAGGUUCCAUGAGUAUUAUGUGGAUUGCCAUUAUGAUCUAAAUAUGCACUGUCUAAAUUGUUUUGAAAGCUUUUCUAAGAAGUUUUUAAUUUUUAUAUGAAUUUAAAAUAUUGAUUAGUAUAGGCAAGUUUCCCUGUCAUUUUCUAGGAGACAUGUAGAUAUUCAUUGAUCACUCAUAUUGUAAUCAACUGUUUUUGAUCUCUUAAGAGGGCUCGGUGGGUGUGGCCAUUUUUAGACUGCAAUGUGAUCUCCUUUUAAAGAAGAGUUCUAUAUAAAGUAUAGGGAAAUACCCAAAUUUGAAUGGUAAAGGAUAUGGAUUUAUUCUUGACUAAAUAAUAGUACAAAUCAUAUAAUAGUACAAAUCAUAUCUUAAAAUCUUAGGUAGAUCUGAUUGUUAAUUUUUUGACCAUCCAGCCCCCUUUAAGUUUAUUAAAUUAAAGUUAAUGGUAAUUGCUAAGUAACUAUUUUAUAUGUGUUGAUCAAUCCGUACAUUCAUAUACCCCUGUGGUCUUUGUUUUAUUGCACAUAGAGCAAUGUGCAAUACAUCAAUCAGCAAUCACUUCAAAACUAUUAAAAUGAAGAUAUCAUUGUAAAAUAUUUAUACUUAUUUUGUGAUUGUCUGUUUGUCUUGAUCUUUUAAGGGUAAUGGAAUAUUAAUGAAUCUAUUUGGAAUAAAAUAUCUUAUAAGACUUUGCACUAAAAUUAGUAUUGCACUUAAAAAGUUUAACAUUCUUAUUUUGUGUACCUCACAGUCAACAAAUCAAGGUCAGAUCAUCAUUUUUUCAGUGAGGGUACAUCUCAUACAAGGUCUGAAACUUAUAUUACCAUCCAUUGUUUUGCAGGGGAGGUAGGGUCAGGGGUGUUGAUUUUUGUGAUCGGCUUCCGCCAAUCACAGUUGUGUCCAUAUGAGGCAUCCAGCAAAUUUUACUAUUUGUGCACCCAUUGCACCUUCCUCUACUUUAUUUACUAUGCAAUGAUAACCUCAUUUAAAUCUUUUACAUGUAUAUUACUUAAAACAUUACUCUUAUCUGUUUGCCUUGUAAAUAAAACAUUUAUACAGUUAAUACAUACAUGUAUAAUGAUUUGAUCCAAAUUGCGUAAAUUUUUCAUAACAAAUGCAUAAGAAUAUUUAUCAGAAGUACAAUUCGCCUACUAAAUGUAAAGCUUAUUCAUGCUUCGCUAUUUCGGAAAACACCAAAUCGUGCAAUAAAUAGUUUAUUGCAUGUAGUGUAAUGUUUUCUUAGUAUACAUUAACAGAGCUGACCAAAGAUAAAUUACAUGCUGGUAAUUCCUUUAAAAGGAAUACUUGUUCUAAUAUUGUUAACUUUCCUGUAGAUGCUUAUUUCUAGCUUCAUUAUGCUUUUUUUUUCUUUUGUGAUCAAUUACAGUAUAAGUAGAGUGUGUUGCCCACCUUAUUAUACCCCAUUCAUGUCAUACAUGUAGUUAAGGGCCAAAGAUAUCGGCCUGGAUAGCUCAUAGUUAGAAUGCUUGAUUAGAGUUACAGGGGUCGCAGGUUCGAUUCCUGGUCCCUCCAUAUACUUUUAUCAUUUAUUUUGCUAAUUCCUCUUUUCUAACUACAACAUUAUAAUACAGACCAUACAGCAAUGUACUGUAAACCAAUUUUUAUUUGCGACGACAUUAUUUCGUGAUUCACUUGCGAUAAACUGGUUUGCGACGACUAAAUUUCGCGAAUAAAUUUCAUGUUGUUAUAACAACCAUACAAAAAAGCUGGUUCGCGGCGAUAAAUUUUUACGAUGAGGAUCUCGCGAAAGUUCCUUGCUCGUGAAUAAAAGAUGGUUUACAGUAUAUGAAUAAAUAUUAUUGAAUUUUGUAUUAAAUGUCUAUCCAAUGUACAUGUUGCACCAUAGCAUUUAUUUAUCGUUGCUUGCCAAGAAAUUCCCACCAGUAUUCUUUGUUUCUGUUCUUUUAAAAUUAGACUACUGUUUUAUUUACAUAUACAUGAAUGAAGAUAAAUGUUUGUGUUCAGAAACAUGUAUCUGUUGAAUAUACUGGAAUAUGUUUAUUUUUUUACUGUGGAAAUAAACAUCAGUAUUAUAAAUA